UGUGCGGAUUAAAUUAUCCAUUUGGUUCUCUGAUGAGUGGAUAAACCACCUGACAUUGCGUUCUCUAUCAGGCCCGUAGGUCAUCGGGCUCGAUGGCAUUUUUAUGUAGUUACCCCUGAUGUUUCUCUUUUCCCCUUUUGUAGCCAUUGGAAUAGGGGAGAACAGACCCUAAUGUAGGACCGUGUCUUCUGGACCUGUCUGGCCAUAUAGUUUCGGACAUUAUUCAUUCUCAAGUGACUGAACGUCUUGAGUGAGGAUGAUUAAAGGGGGCUCUCGGUCGACCACCUCGCUUCCACCGGAGCCGGUGGAAAUAAUCCGGAGCAAGGCGCACUACCGUCGGGUUAGACUCAAUGUUGGGGGUCUCCUCCACGAAGUUCUAUGGAGAACGCUGGACAGGUUGCCGCGAACAAGGCUGGGCAAACUACGAGACUGUAACACCCACGAGUCUCUCAUGGAGAUAUGCGACGACUACAGUUUGGAUGAUAAUGAGUACUUUUUUGACAGACACCCCGGGGCUUUCACGUCCAUUCUGAAUUUCUACCGCACGGGAAAACUGCACAUGAUGGAGGAGAUGUGUGCCCUGUCGUUUAGUCAGGAGCUGGACUUCUGGGGUAUAGAUGAGAUCUACCUGGAGUCCUGCUGUCAGGCCAGGUACCAUCAGAAGAAGGAACAAAUGAACGAGGAGCUCAAAAGAGAGGCCGAAACAAUGAGGGGCAGGGAAGGCGAGGAUUUUGAUACCACAUGUUGUUCUGAGAAACAAAAGAAACUGUGGGAUCUCCUGGAGAAGCCGAGUUCAUCGUUAGCUGCUAAGGUCUCUUGA